CGUAAGGGGGUCCGCAUCUGGUACAGCAGCGGCAGGAGCAGCGGCGGCAGGAGCUCGAAGAAGGAGGGGAGAAGUGGGAGAGCAUUUGUGUGUGUGUGCGCGAGUGUUGGGGGGAGGGGAAGGAGGAGGGGAGAAGGGGAGAGAGAUUGGGCCGACACGGAGGGGGGAUAGCAGGGAGGAGUCCGACAAGGAAGAAGAGGAAAGAGAGAUGAUGCACGAGCAAGCGUGAGUCAGGCGGCACUCACGCUAGCCUAAGGACUCUCUCGAGAAUGAAUCUGCCCGGAUUUUGGCAUCAGACACGUGCAGGAAAUUGCUGCUGUGAGUGUGGGCUCGGAGGGGGAAAAGAAAAUGACGCGAAUGAUGCACACUUGACUACCGAUAGGAGAGAAGAGGGUUCACGGAAGUGGCAGCAGCGAAGGCAGCAGCAACGGCAGUAGCAGAGGCAGCUCGAACGAGCAGCAGCAGCACGGAUGCCAGCACCCCCGAGAGCAGAGUGGUUAUGGGGUAAGUAAGCAGAGGGACGGCCGAUGAUGGGUCGGAUAUAGCAAGUAGCUGUAGUCGUCGUACUACUAGUACUAUACUAGGAGGUGGAGGAGGUGUAGUAGUAGAAGAAAAACUAGUAGUAGUAAUAGUAGUAGGAGCAGGAGGAGGGAGAGGAAGUAGUAGCAGUAGUAGUAUAGUAGUAGUAGCAGCAGUGAUAGGAGGAGGAGUAGGAGGAGGGAGGAGGGGGAGGAAGUGGAGGAGGAGGAGGUGGAGGAGGACGUGGAGGAGGAGGAGGAGGAGCACGAAGAGGAGACUAAGAAAUAAGGUAGUACUAUAUACUGUAGUAGGAUAGUAGUAGAAGACGUAGCAGGAAGAGGAAGAGGACGAAGGGCAUAAGGUAUAUAUAGCAUUUGCUGGGGGAGAGGCCGCGCGGCGCGCUUUGCGUCAGCUCAAAGCGCGCCGAUUUCCUUGGAGUCUCGAUGGCUAGACGGUCGGCAGAUGGGGAGCAGCAGGAGGGUCCUCCGGCUUCCUCUGCCGCUGCGGGUGUUCUUCGUGCUGCGGCUGUCGUGAGCCUCAUUUUCCUGGCCAUUGGUUUUGGCGUUGGCGGGCUGUUGGGAGUCUUGGGACCCGGGUCGGGACGUCGGCUACCUACCUCCCUGUCCUCUGCAAGGGACGCUGCUGCCCUCGAGUACCACCACGUGGAGGCCGGGAUCGGGACGUCGGCCAACUGGCUUCCUCUGGAAUACGGUCGCGACGCUCAUGAGAUCGUUCACCAUGAAUAUGGAGAAGACGAAGGAGAGUGGGAGAAGAUGGAGGAGCGAGGGAGGAGAGGGAGGAGACACGGAGGAGAGGGAGGAGAGGGAGGAGAGGGAGGAGAGGGAGGAGAGGGAGGAGAUAGAGAGAGGGUCAGCCGUAUGAUCACCAACAAUAGCCCAACCAUGAUGAAUCAUUUCUAUUAUGGCAAUCCUGAGGAGGAGGAGGGGGAGGGGGAGGUGGAGGGGGAGGAGGAGAGUGUUGACAUUUCAGUCGCGGUCAUCAAAGAUUUCCUUCCCGUCCUCAAAUUGCCGACAGGACGGCAAUUACCAUCAGAAUGGAAGCGGAAGCCGGAACCUGGACGGUGGUACACGACAGGGGAGAGACCGCGGCGCCUUUCUCUCAGACUGCAACUGUUCUUCGCUUCUGUGAAAGAACGGCCCGGUUUCCAACACGAGAUUAGCGAUGCAGAUGCUGAUUCAGAAGUAUUGGCGCCUUUCCUUCGUCUUCGCACGGUCCAUCGUCACUCAAGCACUCGUCGAGUGAGCAUGCAUUCUCGAAAUAGACCGACUUUCUCCUCCUUCUCCUCCUCCUCCUCCUCCUUAUAUUUCAUGUCUUCCACGUCACGCUCCUCUAAGUCCUCUACUGAUCCUACCUCCUCUUCCUCUUCCUUGUCUUCUUCUUCUUCCUCUUCUAUUCCUUCUUCCUCUUUCUUGCCUUCUUCUUCUUCCAUGUCUUUCACGAGGGAUGAUCGAGAAGAGGAAGGGAUGGAGAACCCAGGCAAGGGAAAAGGGAGGGGUGAGCGUCGUCGGCUUCUCACGACCGGCGGCGAGGGUGAUGGGGAUCCCGAUCAGAUUCCGACCGAUGUCGUCGAAGAUCAGUUUUUGCGCGACUAUUUUUCAAGGGUCGAGAGACUAGAGUUGGUGCCGGGGACAUCAGCUUCGAACCCCUCACCGACCUUUUCUAAUGGUAACCAUAAUGACGAGUCAAGUUGGCCGGCCGGGAGUGGACGUCAGAGACCGGGGGGAGGGGGAGGGGGAGGGGGAGGGGGAGAAGGAGGGGGAGAGGGAGGGGGACGGGAGUUCGGUACGGAGGAAGAAUCUGCUUCGGAAUCUGCUCCGGAACCUUUUGGCGAGUGGGGAGGGCCCCGAGAGGAACAGGGUGGCGAGUCCCAUAGCGAUGACUGGGUUAUGGUGAGGCUUCUCGCAAUAACCGUGGUCCUGGUGGCAUUUUUGGCGGCGUCCAUAGCCAAAACCUGGGGGUGUUUCCGCAAGCACAGAAAUCAACCGCCGACGCAGCAAGGUGACCCCUCCCUUUUGCGAAAUGCAGGUCCUGCAUGACAAGAGAGAGAGAGAGAGAGAGAGAGAGAGAGAGAGAGAGAGAGAGAGAGAGAGAGAGAGAGAGAGAGAGAGAGAGGUGACCCCUCCAUUUUGCGGAACGGAGGUCCUGCAUAACGAGAGAGAGAAAGAGAGAGAGAGAUGGGGCGAGGAAGGAAGAAGAGGAAGAAGAGGAAGAAGAGGAAGACGAGGAAGAAACGGGAAACAACAAAGGAAGAAAGGAAGAGAGAAAAGAGGAAGAGAAUCGUUUUAUUGGAGGAGGAAGAAACAGAAAGAGGAAGAGAAUUAACAAAAAAAACAAUGCUGCUCUUAAUUUUGAGAAAUAUUGUGUGCGUGUGCUCGGUGCAGACUAUAGCUCGCUCAUGGAAGCUGAGUCAUGGGAGACAAACAGUGAGAUCCGGUAUAUACGGCGAAUCUAUAUUUUCCCGUUGAUCAUUUGAAUCUACGGAUCAGAGUAAAAUC